CUUAGCAAAGAUGGCGGCGCCCAUGGAGCUUGUGCUGAGCGCUGAUGCCGCCGGACAGGUUGCAAAUUGUACCGUAUGGGAUCCAUUGACCGGUUCGGUGCUACUCACAUAUCGAGGGGGAAACAGCACGGGUCGGGGUCUGGCGGUACUUGGAGGCCAGUACCUGCUCGGAGGGCAACUCGGAAAAAACUACAUCAAUGUGUGGGAACUACAGAGAAAGGAUCAGCUGCAGCAGAAAAUUGUGUGCCCAGGACCAGUAACAUGUCUAGCUGCAUCUCCCAAUGGGCUGUAUUUGGUGGCUGGCAUUUCAGAGAGUAUCUACUUAUGGGAGGUUUGUACUGGACGCCUCCUUGCAAUUAUGAACUGCCACUACCAGGAUGUCACAUGCUUGACUUUCACAGAUGACAGCAGCCAUUUCUUAUCCGGAGCCAAGGAUAGCCUGGUUAUGGUGUGGAACAUUUACAGUGUGUUGCAAGUGGAAGCUUCUCGUGUACCUGAGCCUCGUCAUAUGUGGUCUCAUCACAGUCUGCCUAUUACAGACUUGCAAUGUGGCAUUGGCGGCCCACAGUCUCGUGCAGUUACUUCUUCACUCGACCAAACUGUUAAGCUGUGGGAUAUUUCAUCGGGGGACAUCCUGCUCUCUGUCCUCUUUGAUGUCCGGAUUAUGUCAGUGGCCCUUGAUCCAGCUGAAUAUCACAUAUUCUGCGGAGGCAGUGAUGGUUCUAUAUUCCAGGUGGACCUCCUAGCAUGGACUGUGCACAGGGAAAGGACAUUCAAUCAAGAGCAGGAGAAGGUGUUUAAAGGACACAGAAACCAGGUUACCUGCCUCUCUGUAUCGCUGGAUGGGAGUAUGCUGGUAUCGGGUUCCCAUGAUGAAACCGUCUGUGUUUGGGACAUCCAGAGCAAGCAGUGUCUACGAACUGUUCCCCACAGAGGUCCGGUAACCAAUGCAUUCAUUAUUUCUGCUCCAGCCAAUAUGCUUAGAGCAGAGAGUAAACCAAGCUUUCCUCUCCCCCGCUUCAGCAAACACUUGCAAGGAGCAGAGGGCUGUGAAGGCCCUGAGAGUGGUGGUAUCAUCCUAAGGCUUGGAAGAAACCAGCAGGGAUUAGAGGGCACAUACUUACAGAGAGCAGAACAGCUACAUACCAUGCUUGGUGAAAGUGAGGGAAAGAACCUUUCUGGUCUUGUGGAGCAGCUUCGUUCUCGGACUUCUGAGCUGGAGGAAGAGUUAAAUAUGGUGCGAAAAAUUAACAAAGAUCUCUUUGACUUCUCUGCCUCUAUUAUCACUAAACAGUGACCUUUAAAAGAACACAUUUAGUAAAUUUCUCUCCAGAUUCAUAAGUAAGUCAGCUAAAAUCUGGAAAUCACAGGCAAAAGUAUUGCAGAGACUUUGGUAAAAGCAUAUAAAUUUUUAAGUAUUGCAAGAACAUAAAUUGCAAAAAUGUUAAACUAUGUACGAAGGAGUGUGAAAUAGAAAGGAGAAAAAGUGAGUGUGUGGGGAAGGGGAGGUUGUACCAGAAAAAAAGCUUGAUUAGAACUGAAAAAAAAAUGUCACUGUGGUGCAGAACCUUAUAGUUGUAUAUUAGUCUGUUUUUAUUAUCCAAAUGCUGGCUAGUUUUUUUUUUUUUGUCUCAAUCAAUUUUGUGAUGUGAUGUUAGAGGUCUGCCAAUGUGCAACAAAAUUUUGUACGCUCACUUGAGUAUGCAGAGCAUGUUGUUGUUGUAUGACUGACCUCAUUAGAUUCUAAUUUGAAUUAAUACACACAGUAAAUGCAUACAUGGUGUCAUUAUUUAGGUCCAGUAAGAGCUUUAUUUUUGAAGCCAAGUUUUUGUUACGCCAUUGAGAGAACAUUUUUGUUUCACUUAUAAUCUAUGAAACUUAUUCAUAUUAAUGGGGUUUAUUCACUAAAUUUGGAAUUGUAAGCAUUGAAAUUCAAAUGGCAAAACAGCCAAGCUGUAAUUAUAGUAGUGCUAGAGUUUUGCUUCCAAAUGAACCAUUUAAAAAAAAAGAGAGAAAAAGGCUA